AUGUAAAAAUACGUUGCUAAAAAUGUUGCUUUGAAUUUUAAAAACUUAGUAAUUGGAGGAGAUUUAAAAACUAUUAAUCCACCUAAAAAGAAUGAAGAAUAAUUUUUCAAAUACUAUGAUUAAAUGUUCAUGAAGAGUACAUAUAUUUAAGAUUGUCUCAAAAACGAAUUAUUGAGAAUACCUGUUGAUUUUUUCCAAGAAAGUAGAUAUGACGAUUUUGCAGAAGAUCAUUCUGAUUUCUUAGAAUAAGAACAUCAGAAAUAAAAAUGA